UAAUAUCUGAAACUGAAACUAAUUUACGUCAUUGUAGUUGGAAUAAUAACAUAGUUACACCUUGUAAAGAUAAGCUUAUCUUUUUAUAAUAUACUGCAACACUAUAUACAGUACCAACAUACAACGUGUAUAAAAUAUGAUUUUUACAGGUUAUAAUUUAAUUUACAGGUAAACCAAUCAUAACCUGUAAAAAACAACUAUGACUAAAUAAAUUCUUUGACCACAAAAGUGAAAAAAAGAAUUAUAAAUGGAACCCUCUUCCUUCCUUGUUAACUGCUAGUUUUUGAUUUCCUUCUUCUUCUUCUUCUUCUUCUUACUAUUAGUUCAUUAGUUAAGUUCAUUCAAAUACAUUCGUUUAUAUCAAAUCUUCAUUCAAAAGAGAUCUAAGAUAUAUAACCUCUCGUAUUUCAUAUAAAGUUCAUCAUCUAACUACUACACUACCACCAUAAAUAUGUUCAUCACUAACGAGCACGUCGGCGACAGAUCUCGUAUGGAAGAUUGGAGAAUUCGUGGUUACGAUCCUUUAACUCCUCCUGAUUUAUUACAACAUGAAUACCAAUUAACUGAAGCUUCUCAAAAAGUGAUUUUAAGGGGUAGAAAUGGCGCUGUUGAUAUCUUGAAUGGUAAAGAUGAUAGAUUAAUCAUAGUUAUUGGUCCAUGUUCUAUACAUGAUCCUGAAGCUGCUAAAGAUUAUGCUAAUAGAUUAUAUGAACAAUCUGAAAAACAUAAAGGGGAAUUAUUAAUUGUUAUGAGAGCUUAUUUAGAAAAACCAAGAACCACUGUUGGUUGGAAAGGGUUAAUUAAUGAUCCUGAAAUUGAUGGUUCAUUUCAAAUUAAUAAAGGGUUAAGAAUUGCCAGAAAAUUAUUUGUUGAAUUAACUUCAAAAUUACCUAUUGCAGGGGAAAUGUUGGAUACUAUUUCUCCUCAAUUUUUAUCUGAUUUAUUUUCUGUUGGUGCUAUUGGAGCUAGAACUACUGAAUCUCAAUUACAUCGUGAAUUAGCUUCUGGUUUAUCAUUCCCAGUUGGAUUUAAAAAUGGUACUGAUGGUACCUUAGGAGUUGCUGUUGAUGCCAUGAGAGCUGCUUCUCAUCCUCAUCAUUUCCUUUCUGUUACUAAACCUGGUAUUGUUGCUAUUGUUGGUACUGAUGGUAAUAAAGAUACUUUUGUUAUUUUAAGAGGUGGUAAAAAGGGAACUAAUUUUGAUGAAGAAUCAGUUAAAGAAACUCAAGAACAAUUAAUUAAAAGUAAAAUUGUUACUGAAUCAAACCCAGGUCCAAGAAUUAUGGUUGAUUGUUCUCAUGGUAAUUCAAAUAAAGAUCAUAGAAAUCAACCAAAAGUAGCUGCUGUUGUAGCUGAUCAAAUUGCUAGAGGUUCUACUGCCAUUUGUGGUUUAAUGAUUGAAUCUAAUAUCAAUGAAGGUAGACAAGAUGUUCCACCUUUAGAACAAGGAGGUAAAUCUGCUUUGAAAUAUGGUUGUUCUAUCACUGAUGCUUGUAUUGGUUGGGAUAAUACUAUUGAAGUUUUAGAUGUUUUAGCCAAUGCUAUUAAAACCAGAAGAUCUUUACAAAAGUAAAAUUGAUCAACCUAAUUAAUUAAAAAAAAAAAAAUAAAGAAUUACUUACUGUUGGAUUAUUAAAAAUGUUAUAAAUUACUUAUAAAAAAAAAUUUGGACUGAUGAUUAUCAUUAUCAGUCUUAGCUAUGUAUAUAUGUGUUAAAUUGUAUUCCUCCCAUAGGAGGAUCGCAAAUAAACAACCUUAACCUUAAAGGAGUCAAAAAGUGUAGAUGUUGCAAUUGAAAUAGGGAUAACAAUGAAGAUGAGUGUGUGGGUUGUUAAUUUGAAAU